CGGGCGCUGCUGGCCGGCGAGCGGGCGCCCGCGCGCCAGAAGCUGCUGCUGGACGUGCUGCGCAACGUGGAGGAGAACAGCGGCGCCGAGCAGCGCCACGAGGACCAGCCCUGGUUUGAAGGUCUGGAGUCUCGUUUUAAGAAUAAGUCAAGCUACAUGCGAUACAGUUGUGAAAACAGAAUACGAAGCUACAUGAAAGAGGUUAAUGGCUUUAUUUCAAACGUUCAUCCGACAGCAAGAGAUGCAUAUAAAAAGAUAACCGACCUUAUGCUGGAUAAACUGAAAUCUGUGAAAUAUAACGGGUGCUACUUUGACAGGCGAGAGGAGGAGGAGGCAGCUCGCCUGUGCACCGUGGAGGGAUGGUUCUCCUGUCAAGGGCCUUUUGACAGAGAUUUCUGCCCUUGUAAGCACUCCAUCAACCCCUACAGUAACAGGGAAAGCAGAAUCCUCUUCAGUACCUGGAAUCUCGACCAUAUAAUAGAGAAGAAACGAACCGUUGUCCCAGAACUGGCAGAAGCUGUCAAAGCACGGGAUGGAAGAGAAGUGAACUGGGAAUACUUCUAUCAGCUGUUGUUUACCUUGGAUAAUCUAAAACUGGUACAUAUUGCUUGCCAUAAGAAAACCAAUCAUAAUCUUAGCUGUGACAAAACUAAAAUUUACAGGAAAAGGAAGCAAACCCAGAAGAUUUCCUAGCACCACACCAAAAGUGACUCUUCUGCUAAGGACCCCAAGUGAUGCCAUUGCAAUCUCCCAACGCGUACACYUGGAUCAUGUCUAAUGCAGCUCUUCCCCUUUCUGCUUAUUACAGGCCUUGCUUAGAUCACGUUACAUUAAGUGUGGUAAAGUA